UGUUCUUUUACUCUAGAAGCAGCAUCAUGCCCGAUCCAGCCAAGGCAGCGCCCAAGAAGGGAUCAAAGAAAGCCGUGACCAAGACGGCCGGCAAAGGAGGCAAGAAGCGCAGAAAGUCCAGGAAGGAGAGCUACGCCAUUUACGUGUACAAGGUCCUGAAGCAGGUGCACCCUGACACCGGAAUCUCAUCCAAGGCCAUGGGCAUCAUGAACUCCUUCGUGAAUGAUAUUUUUGAGCGCAUCGCCGGUGAGUCUUCUCGUCUGGCUCAUUACAACAAGCGCUCCACUAUCACCUCCAGGGAGAUCCAGACCGCCGUGCGCCUGUUGCUUCCCGGCGAGCUGGCCAAGCACGCCGUGUCCGAGGGCACAAAGGCCGUCACCAAGUACACCAGCUCCAAAUAAAGCGCGUUACCGCCGUCUUCAUCAACCCAACGGCUCUUUUAAGAGCCACCCACUUUUCAUACAAAGAGCGAUUUCCUCUUUUUUGCUUUUCCUC